CGGGUGCAGCGGCGCUGCCAGCCCAGGCCGGGGCAGGGGACGGCGCGGCCUGACUGGAGCCCGCGGCCAUGGCCCGGCUGCUGCUGCUGCUGCCCGGGCUGCUGUGUGCGUUUGCGAUGGUGCCAGAACUAAAAAAUGUAAGAAUUAAUUCGGUUAACUUUCAUAGCAAGUUGAAGUGGGAUCCACCUACUUUUCACAAAGGAAAUAUAACGUAUACAGUCCAACAGCAAAGCCUCUACAAGAGCACAUUUGAAAACCUGUGCACAAGCAUUGAUACUACAGAGUGUGACAUCUCCUUUCUUUCCAUAUAUGGAAACUUCACCAUUCGAGUCAUGGUGGAGUCAGAGAAUGAACUGUUGGGCUUGGCUGACAUCAUCUUCAACCCAAUGGAGGACACAGUCAUUGGACCACCUGAUGUAAAAGUGAGAUCUGAAUCUGGAUAUUUGACUGUAGAGUUCACAGGCCCUGCUUCUGAAAAUAGUCAUGAAAACUGGACUUUACAACAGUAUUAUGGCUCUUGGCUUUACAGGGUGCAAUACUGGAAGAAAGGCAAUGCCCAAAAGGUGAUAACUGUGAAUUCUACACAUAACUCAGUAUCAUUAUUAGACUUGGACCCUUGGACAGUAUAUUGUCUUCAAGUUCAAGCCGUUGUCCCUGAAUGGAAUAAAGUAGGAGAAUUUAGUCAAGUGUCAUGUGAAAAGACAACUGAAAAUGGUAUAACACCAGUGUGGAUGGUUGUUGCUGUUCUUCUGAUAUCCAUGUUGGUUGUUCUAGUAUCCGUUCCUGCUUGUUUCUUUUCCUUUUUAUGUAUAUAUCGACAGACCAGAUGCAUGUUCUAUCCUUCUUAUUCUUUCCCACAACAUUUGAAAGAGUUUUUGAGCAAGCCUUCCUACAGUUCACAGUUUUUUGCACCACAACUUCCAGAAGAGGAUCACUCUUAUGACAAGUUAACUGUCAUUUCAGAAGAGUCUGAGAACUACAGUGGAGAGACUGAGAAUCAGUCUAGCAACACAACAGAGCAGGUUCAGAGAUCCCACCAAGAGAUUUCUGAUUCAGAAGUUCCAGCUUUGAAAGAGGAUCAAGUACAAACCUCAUACCUCAUUCAGGCAAUUAAAUAAAUAAAUUAUUG